GCCCGGCUGGGCCAUGAAGGUCGAGUUUGCACCGCUCAACAUCCCGCUGGCGCGGCGGCUGCAAACGGUGGCCGUGCUGCAGUGGGUCCUGUACUUCGUGCUGCUGGGGCAGAUGUCCAUUGCAAUCACUGUGAUGCUGAUCAUACACAAUUAUUGGUUUCUUUACAUCCCUUAUUUGACGUGGCUUUACUUUGACUGGCAUACCCCAGAGCAAGGAGGCAGGAGAUCCAGCUGGAUCAAAAAUUGGACUCUUUGGAAACACUUUAAGGACUAUUUUCCAAUUCAUCUCAUCAAAACUCAAGAUUUGGAUCCAAGUCACAACUAUAUAUUUGGGUUUCACCCCCAUGGAAUAUUGGCGGCUGGAGCCUUUGGGAAUUUUUCUACAAAUUAUUCCGACUUCAAGGAGCUGUUUCCUGGCUUUACUUCAUAUCUUCACGUGCUGCCACUUUGGUUCUGGUGUCCUGUCUUCCGAGAAUAUAUGAUGAGCAUUGGGCUAGUUUCAGUUUCCAAGAAAAGUGUGUCCUAUGUGGUAAGCAAGGAAGGAGGUGGAAACAUCUCUGUCAUUGUCCUUGGGGGUGCAAAAGAAUCACUGGAUGCCCAUCCUGGAAAGUUCACUCUGUUCAUCUGCCAGCGGAAAGGAUUUGUUAAAAUUGCUUUGACCCAUGGUGCCUCUCUGGUCCCAGUGUUUUCUUUUGGUGAAAAUGAACUGUUUAAACAAGUUGACAACCCCGAAGGCUCAUGGAUUAGAACUGUUCAAGAUAAACUACAGAAGAUCAUGGGGUUUGCUUUGCCCCUGUUUCAUGCCAGGGGAGUUUUUCAGUACAAUUUUGGCCUAAUGCCCUAUAGGAAAGCCAUCCACACUGUUGUUGGCCGCCCGAUCCCUGUUCGUCAGAUUCUGCACCCGACCGAGGAGCAGAUUGAGGAGUUACAUCAGACCUAUAUGGAGGAACUUACGAAAUUAUUUGAGGAGCACAAAGGAAAGUAUGGCAUUCCAGAGCAUGAGACUCUUGUUUUAAAAUGACUUGACUGUAAAUAAAUAAAUAAAUAAAAAUAAAUGAC